AUGUCAGGGCAAGAGCUAGAAGGACGAAUCCUCAAGAGAGCAAAUCCAAAGACAAUACAAGAUAAAUUUCUAGUCGGAUAUCAAGGAUGGUUCACAUGCAAUGGAGACGGCGAACCCAUGGAUCCUAACCACCAUGGAUGGCUGCACUGGUUCGAUAAACCGAUCUCAGGUGGUGGACGCCCCAAUACAGACCUAUGGCCAGAUGUAUCCGAAUACUCCCCAUCCGAGCUGUUUCCCGCUCCAGGUCUCCAAAAUGCAGAUGGAGAACCCGUAUUUCUCUUCUCUUCGCGAAACUCAAAGACGGUGAGGCGCCACUUUCACUGGAUGGCGUUACAUGGCGUCGAUGGCGCGUUUUUGCAACGAUUCGCAAGCCAAUGUGAUGUGGAGGCAGGGUCCGCAGCAGUCAGGAAGAUCAGAGAUGAGGUAGGCGAUCGUGUCAGAGAGGCUGCUGAAGCAGAGGGAAGGGUCUUUGCCAUAAUGUAUGAUGUCUCGGGUGUUCACCCAGACAAGAUCCAACGGGUUCUCGAGCAAGAUUGGACGCAUCUGAUACGUGACAAGUAUGUCUUAGACAGCCCAAAUUACCUUCGGGAGAAAGGCAAGCCGGUCAUCGCUCUGUGGGGUGGUGCUUAUCUUAUGGCCGGCGUACCUGGACAUUGGCGCACAUCAACAUCUGAUAGUGACCCAGACCCCGAAUUCUUGCGUGUUUGGACAGAAGAAUUUGACGCACUAAGUCCCUGGACCAUAGGGCGUUACGGGAACGAAGAGGAAGCGGAACGCUGGGGGGAUGAGAAAGUCAAGCAGGACUUUGAUUUUCUGAAGCGAAGAGGAGACGAAGGGGGGAAAAGAGUGGAUUAUAUACCCGUAGUGCUCCCUGGAGGCAGCGGCUACAAUCUCUCUCGCGGGCAAUGGGGACUCAAUGGAAUAAAGCGCAACGGGGGCCACUUUCUCUGGAAACAAAUCCACGCCGCCCGACACGCAGGGGUGCGCAUCAUCUACGGUGCCAUGUGGGACGAAUAUGAUGAAGGCACAGCAUUCAUGCCCGUAGUCUCUUCUUCAAAGCAACUCCCGGUUCAUCCACAAUUCAAUUUUCUAGCGCUCGACGCCGAUGGCCACUCGCUUCCGUCAGACUGGUAUAUGCGCAUAGCUGGUUUCGCUGCUGAAUCCCUACACGGUGACCAUAUGUUACACGAGUCAUUUCCCGUCAAGGAGUUACAGGAUUAUUGGGCCACUCGUCCCAGAUAUGAGGAAACGACACCUGCAAAGGAAGACACGGAGCAAUUGAACGAGGCUCAAAGAGCAUACCAUGAUUGGGCUGCACAAGAGGAAGGUGCAGUGGUAGACGAGGCACCUCCGCCGUAUAUGCUGGAAGAUGAGAUGCAGAGUCCUCAAACAAGCAGUGUACAGAAUACUGGACUAGUCCCUCCUGAGGCCACCAAUCCUGUCCUCAAUCGUUCAUCACUCUCAACUUUGCCACCGCCACCUCCUCCGAUGUCAACCAGGCCUGAAUGUCCGCCCGGCUUGGAUAAGCGUACCCAACAGUCCUAUCAGCAAUCAAGCUCUUCGUAUAUCAUUGCCAGGCCAUCGUCUCAGGUUUCUUCCCCUGUCCCAACAUCCACUGCUGUGGCCUAUCUGGCUGGCGAUCUCACUCGACAAACAUUGUCACACCUUCCGCAGCAUGCGUCAGGGGUUUCCUCUAUCAGUCCUUCAGUCAUCCAAAUGCCUUCCGUGGAGCAACGAACAGGCCAGCACAUCCCCACCUCGUACCAAAUUCACUCGUGCAAGAUUGUUGCCAACGCCAAAUUCCGCCAACACAACCUCAUCCUGGUGGUUCCCACUCUCCACGGCCUUAUUCUCCGCCUGAAUGGGGAACCCAACGCUCGCCUCCGCCUGUACCACUCCGCAAUGGUCGAGGGCGCGGGCUCAAUGGUCGAGGGCGAGGACGAGGGCGUGGAAACGAUAUCGCGGGGCAUGCACAGGGAAGUACGCAAGGAAACAGCGGGAGACCCUUACGCGGAGGUGGCCGAGGCUACUAAAUAA